AUGGAAAACGACUCUUCCUUCGCAGCUGACUCCUGCUAUGUGCCUCUACUGGACGCGGAAAGGCUCGAGCAGUACGGUCCAGGAGGGCUACAUCCAGUACACCUUGGCGACAAACUGCAAAAUGGAAGAUAUCUAAUCAUUCGAAAACUGGGACACGGCGCUUUCUCUACCGUGUGGCUAGCUCGAGAUUCGAGCUGUGAGCAUUUGGUCGCCAUCAAGAUCAUACGCUCUCAGUCGGCACGGGCUGAUCAGGAGCUCCGCAUGCACGAGAUUCUGCUGGAGUCGAAGAUGCGCAAUCUCGCCCAAGACUGCAUUGUUACCUUGCUAGACAAGUUCGAGCACAUCGGACCAAAUGGCAGGCAUCUUUGCCUGACCUUUCCGCCCUUGGGACCAGAUAUCACGACCCUGUUCAGAAGCAGUUCUGGCGCCCGCCCUAGACUACCUUACGAACUAUCGCGUCAGGCUGUGAAGCAGUUGCUGACAGGGCUAUAUUGUCUGCAUGAAUGUCGCAUUGCCUGCGGGGACAUUAAUUUUGGCAAUCUCCUGUUGACUCUCGACCAAUCCGACCUUGCAAAUGAAGAAGAAGAAGAGCUGAAACAUCCAAUGUCGAAGACGAGCGUUGCACCGAGUAAGCAGCAGCAAUCGCACAAUCCAAAGUAUAUCUGCGAGGACUUUCCGCUCGGAGAAUAUGUUGAAGACUCCACAACAGUCAAGGUGAAGCUUUCAGAUCUCGGUGCUGCGUUCCCAUUUCACGACCCCCCUAAACAGCCAAUCGUGCCGCUCGCGCUACGUGCACCAGAGGUGAUCCUGGACCUCGAGUUCGACCACCCUAUUGACGUGUGGAGCUUUGGCUGCAUUGCCUUUGAGCUGUUGAUAGGUACUCCACUGUUUGCAGUGGCAAGUUCGCCCGUGAUGACCGAUGACGAGACCAAUGAUGAUCACCUUCUGAAGAUGGCCGGCACACUUGGACCUCUACCGCCAGCUCUAUUUUCUCGAUGGCCUCGUGGACAGAGGUAUUUCAACUCCAAAAUGGAAAUAACCCGCACAGAUGUCAGCGACGACCCAGUACCGCAGGCAGAAGUCUACAUCGCUCCGACGCUGGAGACGAUGUUCAUGACAGGGAAAUCAAAGGAGAUGACCAUGGUCGAAGCGAGGUCCGCGAUCCGAUUCUUGCAGCGAGCAUUACAAUACGAGCCCUCUGCACGCCCUACAAUCUCACAGCUCAUGGAAGAUCCGUGGAUCAAGGAGAUCGAAGCAUUGUUUUGAUCGUUCGUUACUCCUUCAUAUCUUACACUCUCCAAGCAAGUGUCAAUAGUAAUGUAUACUACAUGUCAUGCUCAUCAGUUAAUCACCGCUAUAACAGAUCAAAUCGACACUUUCCAUAAGUAUCAAGUGGUAGGGAAAAUAGGAAACUUGCCACCCCGACAUAGCCGCCUGUCUCAGGUUCAAAUAAGCCCUACGCGAAUCCAUUCCUCGGCACUGCUUGCAUCUCAAACCUCCCUAUGGGUAAAGACACUCGCAAACGAGCUGAUAACGGUCGCUAUACUCGCACUUCUCGGUAUUGCGACACUCCACUCUCCUCUACUCUCGAAUCCUAGCGAUCUUGCCCGCCAAACCCCUUCUUACUACUGGACAGCGUGGUCUGAUGCGAUCAAGCGAGAGUCUUCGCUGGGUGGACUCUAUCGCACUCUCCUCUGCUCUCCAAUCCCAGCAAUCUUGCCCGCGAAAACCCUCUUUAC